CCAGUGAUCUGCAUUAAGGAUAAACUCCUGUUAUUGAGCUGUGUUUACAUUUUUUGGUGGGGCAAUGCUUUUAUUAAAGCAAAAAUAAUCUAUUAAUCAUUUGUACAUGCGCUAUUUAAGACAAUUACUCCAAUUAAGUAAACAAUAGGAAAGUUUGAGGAGUUUUGGACGUCGUCUCACCUGUAAGGAAACGGUCCUUUCCUGUCGGUGGCUUCUCUUGGUAUAAUUAUAAACAAAGCUUAAGAGGCAUGGUGAACAGCCAGGUGGCAGGCGGAUCUGGGUGUCCAUCACGGGCCUGCGCUGGCUGUGGAGGCCGAAUUGCUGACAGAUUCCUGCUCUUCUCUAUGGAGCGCUACUGGCACACUCGAUGCCUAAAGUGCUCGUGCUGCCAGGCUCAGCUGGGUGAGAUUGGCACCACCUGUUACAGCAAAGGGGGCAUGAUUCUGUGCAGGAGUGACUAUAUCAGGUUGUUUGGGCACACAGGUGCCUGUGGUGCCUGCGGACAGACGAUCCCUCCGAGUGAGAUGGUUAUGAGGGCACAGGGCAACGUCUACCACCUUAAGUGUUUCUCCUGUGCCACAUGUAGAAACCGAUUGGUUCCUGGUGAUCGUUUCCAUUAUGUAAAUGGCACCAUCUUCUGUGAGCACGACCGGCCCAGUGCCAGCCUGCUCAGUGCCCAUCUGCAAGGCAAUCCUGUCCUGCCUGACCAAAAAGUUUGCUGAACGUCGUCUUAUUCAUUUUUCUUUUUCACUUGUGUUGGAUGGAUUUCUGGUCGUGUAAUCUUCUCCAGCUCUUCUGUGCACUUAAACAUUCAGUACUUGUAUUUUUACUCUUCACCCCUUCAGAAAGCUCCCCUCUUUCUAAAUCUUCUCGGGAGCUGCAGUAUUCCUGAUUUUGCAGGACUUGCAGGGCCGGGUGUAAAUCUAACGGACUUUGUUGGAUCUUAUAUUGACGGAGGACUUUAUACAUGGAGCUGAAGCAUCUUCUGUUAUAGAAAAUCCUGUCUUUACCCAAACGACUUGCUAUAAAUGGCUUCAUCUUUAAGCAGUUCUGCAGUGCUUGUGCGCUUCAAUUUUUAUUUCUGGGUGUGAUUUUCAUUGCAGCAGGCAGGAGUUUGGACGGCAUUCAGGGUUUAGAGAUGUAAAUACUUUUUAUAACAUUGCCAUGUGUUUGGGUUAAGUCAUAUGGUCAAAAUGUGAAUUAUUUAAGAUGGAAAUAUACAAUAAAUGCAUAAAAAUAAAAAAAACAUCCCAAACUGGUUCAUCAUUAAUAUUUUCCGAAACAGAAUGGAUGAUUGUGCUUAUUGUUUAUUGCUGUUUGUUCAUGUAGUGAUUAGCUCCAUUCCCAUCUGUGCAAACUAGAUUACCCAUAGGACCUGCUAAGCUCGAACCAUUACAGAAGCAAUUAAGAAGGAGA